UGGCAAACAAGAAGCAACAAUAUGAGAAGUCCAUUACACACUGCAGGUAGAGCAUAUUAUUAUGUAGGCUUGAAAUUAGAUGAAUAUCAACUGUUCUGAUAUUGAGUUGUUUCCUUUCAUUUAAGUUUGUUUUUUCAAUAUUUUCUAUAUGGGUACCAGCAUUUAAUUUUAAAAAAAUUUUGCCUUCUUUUCAAACUCAACUUUAAUACCGGGAUUAAGUACCCUACAAAUACCUUGCUACAGGUCUCUAUUCUUAUUUCAACAAUCUUACCAUUUCUUCUUUUUUUUUUUUUUAAAUUAACAUCAUACACCUCUUGCUUUAAAUAUUUCAAAUUUUUCAUCUUUAUCUAAAAUUUGUAUGAUUUGAUUUAAGGAAAAAACUCAACUACCACUCUUAUAUUCAUGCAUCUUUAUUGGGCACCUUAUGAAACAAGAAUGUAAUUACAAAAAUUAUCUCCACGUUAUUUUAUCCUCUUUGAUCAAUCUAGUUCUAGAAACAUUAUUUCAUCACUAAACCAUUUAAAAUUAUUACAAUAAAUCAAUGAUAUAUUUUACCGUUAGCCCAGUUGUUUUCUACUCUUGGAAUUAUUUCAGCACUUCAUGGUAAGACAGACACAGUGCUUUAUCUGGUUCAACACUGUGGAUACAAACCAGAUGAGCGAGACAGUUGUGGUGUCACCCCUUUAAUGGAUGCUUUAAGAGCUGGGCACCUCGAUGCCGCCAACUUUUUAAUUGACUAUCACAAGGUAUCAUUCCCUAUAUUGGUUAAGAAAGUACACUGUUUUUUUUGUGUUGUUGUUAUGCACACAACAGUUCUAAUGCAAGAUCUAAGAUAAGAUUAGUACCCUAACAGUAAAUGUCCGUUAUCUAACUUUAACAUGUCCUUGCAUGCAACAAGCUAAUUCACAUUACUUUUGUGUUAUUUGCAUGUUGUUUUUUUUUUUUUUUCAAUUUAAUAAUUAUUCUAAUUUGAUCUUUAAAUAUCUGUCUUUUUUUUCAAUAAAUAAUUUGUUGUUGGGGGAGGGUUAAAAGGCUACAUUUUAAGUUUAAAAAAAAAUUAGUUGGUUCCACUGAUUGUUUAUACAAAUUUUUGAACACACAUCUUUUGUUAUUUGCUGUUAGGCUGAUGUAAGUUUGGAGGAUAAAGUCGGAAGGCAGCCCAUUCACCUUGUCGCCCAGUCAGGCCAGGUCCUGGCACUUGAAUUCAUUGUUUCACUUGGCCUAUCAGUUAAUGUCAGGUCAAGUGGGAAGGGGGAGACCCCUCUACAUCUUGCCGCUAAGGUUAACCUCACCACCUUGCUAAAGUAAAACUACUUUAAUUAUUUGAUCAUAUCACUUGAUUACUUAUACAAUUUUAUUUGUUAAUCAUUUGAAUUGCAUUCUGAAUAAAAUAUAUUUUGUAGGUGUUUUAUUACAUUAUUUAUUUUAUUGUUGCUUUAUUUAGGAAGGCCACGAUAACAUGGCAUUAAAAUUGUUGCAAACUGGAGCAGAAAUUGAUGCCCAGGACACAACAGGUCGGACAGGUCAGUUAAUCUCUUGAUCAAGAACUAAAAAUUUCUCAUCAAACAAUCAUUAUUUAAUUGAGUAUUUGCUUUGGCGUUUUGUAAAAAAUUAUAACUCCUCGAGUUUUUAUUAAGUUAAACAAAACAGUAAGAGUAGACAAAAUUUAUCCAUCAGUAAGCUUUAACAGGAAAAACAAAAUUUAAAUUGUCAAUUAAAACUUGCUUCCACUUUGCAGCACUUCACUACGCCACUGCGGCACAGCACGGUGAUAUGAUCACAGUGUUACAUAGUUACAGUGCCAAGUCACUGAAAGACAAUUGUGGUAGAUUACCAGAAAAUCUCAGCAGCAGAGAGAUUGUGAAGGACAGCUGUAUGACAAAGUUUACACCAGGUGUCCAGACCGAGGCCCCUAAUUUAUUGUUUUAG